AUGGGUUUCAACUGGCCAUGGAAGCCCAAGUCCAUGGCUCUUUGCCAAGGCAUGGCGCUAUCGCCUUCGUAUUCGUUGACAGGUAGAAUUAUUCCUACGCCCUCACCGGGACGCUGUGUGGCUAUAUUUCAUAACGAAUUUCUGACGAAUGACGCCACUGAUUGGCAUUUAGCUCGAAUGCUGGUAGCCUGGUACGGUUAUAACGACUCCCCCACAAUACUCUAUUGA